AUGGUUUCGGAUAUCAAGCCUACCAUGAACAACAUGUCCGACAGCGUCAAGGACCGUUUUGGAGAGCAGCCGAUCGCCACCCAUUCCUUGCCAAACCCUCACCCUGCUCCCGAACCUCGAGUGAAUCGCAGUAACACCAUCCCCACCAUCCCUCUCGACGUCUCAAAUGUUAGUCAGCUUUGGAGGGACGAGAUCCGUCAAGAAGCAAGACGUCUCCACCUCUCCGGUCUCACUCUGGACCAGUUCUCGCGAUCAUGGCCUCCUCCUCUCUUGAACGCUAACCACCAAUGGCUCGCACUCGUCGACGCUGCUAGGCUGCCUGCCUCGCCCGAGUCAGUAACCAGCAGUCAGGACAAUGCCAAUCUCGACCCGAGUCAGCUCGGCCCCAGCGCCUGGCCCUUCUGCCCUGACUGGAAUCUUGAUGCCACUUCUAAGGAGCCUCAUGCCACCGUCUACGCCACCAACGAUGCCUGGCUACAGACGAGCUCUUCCCUGCACAGCACUCACAAUACUAAUGAACUCGACUCCAGCACGGCCAUGUGGUCCCGGUACGGCCGUAACAGCUCCUUCAGCCCGUUGGUCAGUUUGCCUGGACAGUUCUCUGCUGCUUCUCAGACCAUGGAUCUGUUCGAGCCCAACCCGCUCAGCGAAGCCAUAGACUCAAGCCUUGCCCGCCUUGCCAUCCCUUUGGCUGCUCCACACAAAUCCGACAUCGCCUUCAAGAGAACAAGCGUCAAGGACACCUCUCGACUCCUUGCUAAAUCUUCGCACACAUCCAGACUUACGCAACAGCUAGACAGACAGGUGCGCAACCGCCUUUCUACAGUAGACAAUUCUCAAUACCAGGCAGCAUUCGACAACGGCCGCAUCUACGUGCCACCUGCCAACACGCCUAGCUUCUACCCAGUUCAGACCGACCCCGUCUAUGCACAAGGCCAGCAAAACAACAUCGGAAUUUCCCACGCAGUGUUGAGCCGAAGGAUCAAGACCGAACUGUACAAGACAGAGCUCUGCCGCCACUGGGAAGAGAAGGGGUUCUGCGAGUACCUUGGUGCCUGUCAAUUUGCUCAUGGAGAAGAAGAGCUGCGCUACGUCGAGCGUGAUCCGAAAUGGAAGACAAAGCCUUGUAAGGUGUUCAGGUUGUACGGAAGCUGCCCCUAUGCUAAGCGAUGCUGCUUCCGUCACGACCAAGGCGGAUCACCUGACGCAGCUCCUACCUACUCUACCUCCCAGGCCCGAGGCUCACUCUUGCAGCGCGUUGGCUUUAUGCCGCCCCAUGACGCAUUUGAUCUCAGGCAGCGCCGUGGACGGGCCUAA